AAACGUUAGCUAAGUCACAGUCUUGAUUUGGGGCGAGGGCUUGCAGGAUAUUGAAUAGUGGCAGAGACGCUGUGAAUAUUGACUUUUUUAAACCACACAACCAAAGUAUAUUACAAUACAGGACGGGUUCACGCAUAUUUGUGAGGAUAUAUCACCGGAAGAAGAUGGGUAGCUGCUUUACAGUUGGACCAAAUGAAGCCGUGGUUGUUUCUGGUGCCUGUUGUGGCUCAGAUGAGAAGACCUACAUGGUGGGGGGCUGGGCCUGGGCCUGGUGGCUCAUCACUGACAUUCAAAGGAUUACACUGGAGGUUAUGACACUCCAACCUAAGUGUGAGGAUGUUGAGACUGCUGAAGGAGUCGCCAUCACUGUCACUGGGGUGGCACAGAUCAAAGUGAUGACAGAUCAUGAUCUUUUGGCAAUUGCUUGUGAGCAGUUUUUGGGCAAAUCCGUCCCUGAAAUCAAAGGAGUGGUUUUGCAAACCUUGGAGGGACAUUUACGCUCAAUUCUAGGCACACUGACAGUGGAGCAAAUCUACCAGGACAGGGACAAGUUUGCCCAGCUGGUAAGGGAGGUGGCAGCUCCCGAUGUGGGCAGGAUGGGCAUCGAGAUCCUCAGCUUCACUAUCAAGGAUGUCUAUGAUAAACUGGACUACCUGAGCUCCCUGGGGAAAACUCAGACAGCAGCAGUUCAGAGGGAUGCAGACAUCGGUGUGGCAGAGGCAGAAAGGGAUGCUGGGAUAAGAGAAGCAGAGUGCAAGAAGGAGAUGAUGGAUGUCAAGUUCCUGGCCGACACCAAGAUGGCCGACUCCAAACGAAAACUUGAACUGCAGAAGGCUGCUUUCAACCAAGAAGUCAACACCAAGAAAGCAGAAGCUCAGCUGGCCUAUGAGCUGCAGGCAGCUAAAGAACAGCAGAAGAUCAGGCUGGAGGAGAUAGAGAUUGAAGUGGUUCAGAGGAAGAAGCAGAUCACCAUUGAGGAGAAGGAGAUUGUCCGCACAGAGAAGGAGCUCAUCGCCAUGGUGAAGAGGCCUGCCGAGGCAGAGGCAUACAAGAUGCAGCAGCUGGCUGAGGGACAGAAGAUGAAGAAGGUUCUGAUGGCCCAGGCAGAGGCAGAGAAGAUCCGGAGGAUAGGCGAGGCAGAGGCCUGCUCCAUAGAGGCUAUAGGGAAGGCUGAGGCUGAGAAGAUGAGGCUGAAGGCUGAGGCCUACCAGCAGUAUGGAGAGGCAGCCAAGACUGCUCUGGUCCUGGAGGCCCUACCCAAGAUUGCAGCCAAGGUGGCGGCACCGCUGGCCAGGACCAAUGAGAUAGUCAUCCUGAGCGGGAAGGGCAACCGUGUGACUGGUGAAGUGAAUCGCCUCCUGGCUGAACUUCCAGUGUCCGUCAACGCCCUCACUGGAAUUGACCUAUCAAAGAUCCCACUACUGCAGAAGAUGACCUAUGCUCAGUCCUGAAAACAAUCUCUCCCUUCUACUCUGAUAUCUGUUUUAUGCACUCCCAUAGACUGCCUUCAAUACACUUGAAAUUAUAUACACACACACACACACACACAGUGGGGAGAACAAGUAUUUGAUACACUGCCGAUUUGGCAGUUUUUCCUACUUACAAAGCAUGUAGAGGUCUGUAAUUUUUAUCAUAGGUACGUACACUUCAACUGUGAGAGACGGAAUCUAAAACAAAAAUCCAGAAAAUCACAUUGUAUGAUUUUUAAGUAAUUAAUUAGCAUUUUAUUGCAUGACAUAAGUAUUUGAUACAUCAGAAAAGCAGAACUUAAUAUUUGGUACAGAAACCUUUGUUUGCAAUUACAGAGAUCAUAAGUUUCCUGUAGUGCUUGACCAGGUUUGCACACACUGCAGCAGGGAUUUUGGCCCACUCCUCCAUACAGACCUUCUCCAGAUCCUUCAGGUUUCGGGACUGUCGCUGGGCAAUACGGACUUUCAGCUCCCUCCAAAGAUUUUUUAUUGGGUUCAGGUCUAGAGACUGGCUAGGCCACUCCAGGACCUUGAGAUGCUUCUUACGGAGCCACUCCUUGUUUCCACCUCCAUGCUUCACGGUUGGGAUGGUGUUCUUGGGGUUGUACUCAUCCUUCUUCUUCCUCCAAACACGGCGAGUGGAGUUUUGACCAAAAAGCUCUAUUUUUGUCUCAUCAGACCACAUGACCUUCUCCCAUUCUUCAUCUGGAUCAUCCAGAUGGUCAUUGGCGAACUUCAGACGGGCCUGGACAUGCGCUGGCUUGAGCAGGGGGACCUUGCGUGCGCUGCAGGAUUUUAAUCCAUGACGGCGUAGUGUGUUACUAAUGGUUUUCUUUGAGACUGUGGUCCCAGCUCUCUUCAGAUCAUUGACCAGGUCCUGCCAUGUAGUUCUGGGCUGAUCCCUCACCUUCCUCAUGAUCAUUGAUGCCCCACGAGGUGAGAUCUUGCAUGGAGCCCCAGACCAAAGGUGAUUGACCGUCAUCUUGAACUUCUUCCAUUUUCUAAUAAUUGCGCCAACAAUUGUUGCCUUCUCACCAAGCUGCUUGCCUAUUGUCCUGUAGCCCAUCCCAGCCUUGUGCAGGUCUACAAUUUUAUCCCUGAUGUCCUUACAGAGCUCUCUGGUCUUGGUCAUUGUGGAGAGGUUGGAGUCUGUUUGAUUGAGUGUGUGGACAUGUGUCUUUUAAACAGGUCACGAGUUCAAACAGGUGCAGUUAAUACAGGUAAUGAGUGGAGAACAGGAGGGUUUCUUAAAGAAAAACUAACAGGUCUGUGAGAGCCGGAUUUCUUACUGGUUGGUAGGUGAUCAAAUACGUAUGUCAUGCAAUAAAAUGCUAAUUAAUUACCUAAAAAUCAUACAAUGGGAUUUUCUGGAUUGUCUUUUCAAAUUCCGUCUCUCACAGUUGAAGUGUACCUAUGAUUAAAAAAAUGACAGACCUCUGCAUGCUUUGUAAGUGGGAAAACCUGCAAAAUCUGCAGUGUAUCAAAUACUUGUUCUCCCCACUGUAUAUAUAUUUUUUUAUAUGAAGUGAAUUUUUUUUUACCUCUGGUGCCUUAAUUUCUACAGGACCAGAAUAUCUGCAUGUACUGCUGCUCCUUUAUAUACUCUAUGUAUCUUCGAGUUCACUACUUUUUUAAUCAUGAAAGACUUUUACAAUCAGUAGAUCACAUGGGAUGCAUUGUUAUCAUUUAGCAUGAACUGAGCCUUUUUUUGUUUAACUUAUAUACCUCUAGUCUCUACCUUACCAUGUAAUUUCAGUGAACAGUUAGCUGUUAAGAAGAGCAACCUCAGUGAUUUUCUUCCAAAGGUGUACUCACCUUGCCAAUUAUACACUUCAUGAUUACUGAGUCAUUAUCCAUUCUUGCUAUCAUGUGAUUAUUGUAUAGGUUAUGGAAAUUACUGUACUCUGUGUAUAACUUUUAAUUUAACUGAUUUUAUUUGUAUCCUUUUAUGAUGAGUUAUGGGUUUUCACAAUCAGGUGACAAUUUGUAUGAAGUGCUACUUAAAAUAAGGUGCUAUCCUCAAAUUUAUUUAGGCUUCUACUACAAAACUCUGAGUAACUGGGAAUUCUUCCCACUCAACAAGCAAUCAUGUGUUUUCAUUUAGUUGUAUGUUGUAAAAAAAUAUGUUUAGUACAUUAUUCCUAACACUUUCAUUUAUAGCAACAAUAAUGGCCUUUUUUUUAAAACUAAUCACAGAAACCUGAUUGCCAGACCUUUAUUUCUUUGGCUACGAUGCAUGUUUCUGAAUUGGCUCAAAGUAAGUUGAAGUACUGAAUUGACUUGAAGUUUGAGGGAGAGAUUAUGAAUUUUGUGGGAUGCUAUGGUCCAGGGUAAUUUAUUGAGAGAACUCUUUGCCCUGGAGAAGGUUCAGUAUGUGAAAUAUUGAAGGGUUUUUGAGUCAAAGAAGAAGUAAAAUGGUGUUACUCAUAGCCAAAUACUAGUCAUUGCACCUUAUCAUUUUUUAUUAUACACAAGUUUUUUUUUAUAUAUAUAUAAAAAAAACAUGAGCUGGGAUAUGUUUAAGAAAUGAGUUUGUUCAUUCUGUUGAUUUCUUAAUUUCAUGUUUAAUUUGAUUAGUGUGACUUGACUAACAUUGAGACACUUAUUUUUUUAUUUUUUUUUUGGGGGGGGGGGGGUUGCAGUUUUAUAUAGUAAUAUGUCAAUGUUAAACCAUGUAAGACAGCCCUUCAGGUUCUGUGCACAAUGUAAUUUUAGCUAAAGAUAACUUUGUAUAUCAUACACUUGUCAGAGAAAGAUAUCACUCCUGUUCAGACAAUGCUAUUCAAUGUAUUUAGUAAUUUAUCUUGCUUUUAAUGAAAUAUAAUUGAGAAUGGGUAUAUGUGCUGUUAUACUAUUGUCAUUCCACAUUACCUCCAUGUUUAUGAUCUGUUUGUUGAGCUCAUUCCAAGACGGAUAAUCACAAUCUGAUUAUAUUGGCUUUUUUUGUGGAGGUAGACUAACUUUCUUCUUGUUUAGUAUCACUAUUUACGUUAUAAUCUUAAACAAGGUGGAGAGUAGCCCUUUGUACAAGGAUAGGGAAAUGGCAGAUCUUGUUCAUUUUUAAUAUAUGUGGAUGCCAUCAUCACUGAUUUGGUGACUUGCACUAUUUAACAUAAGAUCAUGGGAAAUGGCAAACCAAGAUGGGAAAAGUCCAGCUAUCAUGUAAGUAGACCGAUUCUUACUUGCUCAGUGCUUUUUUUGUAAAGAAUAUCAGUUCUCAAACAAUGUUCAAUUGGAAAAAUGUUGUCCUUUCCCCCUCCCAGACAUAUCGUAACGUUCUUUGUAAUAAGUCAACUGUAAGUUACUACUAUGAAGGACUGUGAAACUGUUAUGUUUAUUUUUUGCUGCCCUCGUUGAUUUGACUCAUUGCAGCCAAUGUAAUUUUUCUAAUACUGUGAAAAUGUGUCAGUUGUGUAGCAGCUGUAAUUUUGAUUUUUGAGUUGCAUUGUGGCUUCACGUCCAAAUGCAUUGUUCUGGCUAAGCAUACAAUGUCUUCAGUGGUUUGUCUACAAAUUGUAUGUUUGAUCCAGAGGUAAUUUGGAAUGUGCUUUUGUAAUUUUUUGUGUGAAAAUCAUCACUUUACUGUUGUGUCAAAUGUAGAGAAUCAUUCACAGUGCAUGUACUUAUGCCACCAGUUUUGUGGUAAUGUAGAUGUUUUUUCUCAACAGGACACAAGUGACCCUACAUAUGUGUGAAUGUUAUUCAUCUGUAACAUUAUAUAAAAUUACCAUAUUUGUCA